ACUAAUAUAUUUAGAAUAUUCACUUCACGUGUUUUUCAACGCAAGCUCUAUUAUUUCUUUAUAUUAAUUUUAAAACGACAAGCAACAUCAUAAAAUGGCUCUAAAUACUUGGAGAUUUGCUUUGGGAUGUGGUAUGCGUGCUUUGGGCAACAGUGGCAUUAAAACAGUUCCAAAAGUUAGAAACUUCAGCCUAUCCGCAUGGGCUUUCGCAGACAGUUUUACUGCAAGGUCAUCAUGGAAUUUCAUCACGAAGAGAACACCGAUCCUUAGUUCAAAAUUCGGCCAUAGUCGCGGUAUUCAAACUGAUGGUGAUAGAGCCUUCAUCGAUGUUUUACAGUCCGAAAUUGAGCUUGAAAAGAAACAAGGAAAUAUUCCACUAAAAUUCAAUGAAGAAGGAUUCAAAGUGGAGUUUGACGACGCUUUGGUAACUCUGACAAAGAAUGAAAAUGGAGAAAAAAUCGUCGUCAAAUUUUCUAUCAAUAAUUCUACAGUUGAAGAUGAUUCCGAUGCAAAUGCCAGCGAAAAGGCUGACGAUUCCUUGGCAGAUAAUUUGGUCUCUAAGCCAGCUUUUGUCGUCAGUAUAACAAAAAGUAAUGGGUAUACAAUCUCGCUAAGGUGCGUAUUCCCACAAUAUGAUGUGCCAGCGGAUUAUGCUGAACAAUCUAAUGAGGAAGAUAUAAUUGAAAUUAGCGAGGUGACGGUGCUGAAGAAUGAUGUCGAAUGGGAGGAGAAUGCUUUCGUUGUUGAAGGAGCAGCAUUGGAUGGAGUUGUCUACGAUUACCUUCUUGGAGUGCUAAAUGACAGAGGAAUCGAUCUUUCAUUCGCUGAAAAUCUCAUCGAGUUCAGUACGAAUUAUGAACACAAGAAAUAUAUUGAAUUCCUUGAGAAUUUACAACAUUUUGCCAAAUCUAAAUAAAUUUUACAUUUGAAAAAUGGAAAAUCAACUUUGUAAUAAGAUAGUUGCAAAUAAAGACUGAACUCAACAAAUUGCGGUAUUUUUAAAACGGCUUUCUAUGUAAUUUUAGUGUUUCGCAAAUUGUUAUCGCAUAGAUGGAGCUAACGAAAGAGAACUAAAUAAGAUGGCGCUAGCAUAGUAGAAUAGUUGGAAAAUAACUAGCAGACGAAAUUUUUUCGAAAGAGGAUUUGUAUUAAGCUUUAAGAAAAUUAAGAGAACUAAACAUGUCAACAUCGAGUAAUCAUUCCAUGCCAGAGGAAAUAAGUAUUUCUUUCAUGAAUGAAUCAACGAAAAAUUGUAAUCUUCCCUUUGAUUUGCAUACUCCAAAAGACAAAACGGACCAAAAUUCUCAAGCAGAAUCAUACAAAUCAUUAUGGCAAAAAAUUUCAAAGAUGCAUACUUUUUUACCAAUUGUCCUCCUCCUACUCAUUUUUUGUUUGUUAAUCGGAAAACGCAAUGAUAUCUCUUUUUCUCUCUUUACUAUUAAAUUAAUCAAUCUUUUUGACAUUUCAAGAAUAUAUAUUAAUGAUAAAGAUAAAGUGUAUCCGAUGAACAUACAUAAACAGCCUUAAAAUUAUUAAGUGAAUACUUUAGUUGGGUAAUAGUUUUACUUUGCGUAUUUUUGACGCAAACUGAAUGUCAAAGAACAAUUGUUGCUCAUUGUAUGACAAGCAGGAGACAGAAGAUAUUAAAAGAAUCUUUAGAAUGUUUAUUUUAUUUACUUCUACAAAUAUUUUACCUUGCAGCUGUUAUGAUUCUUUUCAUAUUUGUAUUGAAAAAUGAGGGGUAUCAUAAAUGCUUUAUAUUUCAAUUGGAUUCUCAGCCGAACGAUUUGGCCAAAGUAUUUUGGACAGUAAUACUGCUGGAUUGUACAUUAAAAUUUGGAUCUAUUUUAUUUAAAACCAUUACGAUCUCAAUGCCCGAUAAGUUAUGGCCGAUGAGAAAUCGAAUAGUUAUACUAAAAUUUGCUACUGAUCUGUUUUAUUUAUAUCGCUCUGCUGUUCCUUUCCGAGUAUGGAUGAGUUUUUUCUUUAAAUCAGGAACGGGAAUUGAUUAUUUUUUAUUAAAUAUCUAUUGUAUUAUCAAGGCAUUCGAUAUUCUAACAACCAUUGGAAUAGUAUUUAAAGACAUGAAGUUACUAUUUAAAGGAUUGGGAAUAUUUCCGAUUGAUAACCCGACAACAAGCAAUAUUGACUGUCCAAUGUGCCUUAGACCUUGUCCACAACGUCCAGUUAUACUACCAUGUGACCAUUCAUUCUGUCAAAGUUGCCUUGUUAUUUGGUUCGAUAGCGAGCGAAACUGUCCAGUGUGUUCCAAGAAAUGUAUUUCGAAUCCACUCAAUAUGAUAGAUUAUUCUGAUGGCAUCAUCUGUAUAUGAAUAUUUUUAAUAAUACAUUAAAACUUUUAAUUAUAAGCAAUAAAACAUAUUUUUAAAGUAAUAAACACAUUUUUUAAACACCGCCAAAA